GGUGUGGGACUCCUCAGGCUUGUUAAAUGGGAGUGAUGGGAGGUCGCCAUAUUGGAUCCACUGUCUCACAGGCCGAGAGGAACAAACAGACCCCUGAUUGGUCCUCAGUUUUCUCUUCGUUAUUGAGCUAUAUGUUAUUUUCCAUGUAAGCGUGUGUCCCGGUUAAACAGUUCUCGGUCUGGAGGACGUUAUAGGAGGACCCAGGACGGCUGGGUGUGUUUUAUCCUGGUGGAUAAGCUAGCUAAGCUAAGCUAAGCUAGUGGAAUUUUUGAAUGGAUCCGAGAGUCGCCUGGAUUCAGCCGGAACAGAAAGGACCUGCUAAUGCGUUAUGGAUGCAUGUGUGGGAAACGUCUCAGGGAAUCCGGACUAACUCGGUGCACCAUCACCGCCAGCAACACAACGAGCUGAGUGUCAGCGGUGCGUUUUGCGACGUGUGUAAAAACCAAGGGAAAGAUGUGUGCAACGAACCUGGGUGUUCAUCCAGCACCCACCACCAUCCUCCUCCUCCUCUUCCUCCUCCUUCCUCUUCUUCUCACCAGAGCAAUGCAAACAGUACUAAUGUCCGGAGUGCUUUCGCGACAUUAUCGAUUAAUAAUAAUAACAACGUUAGCGCCGCGACUCCUCCUCUGAACGCCAGUGAAAUGGCUCCUACUGAGAAGGGCUCCCGGUCUCUACCGGACCCGGGCACGGACAGCUCCUACUCGGAUUCUUCUGCCGCCAUAAGGGCUAACGAGACCAACAAAAACCGCUUGUGUUUUAGUUUCAGCGAACUGAACAACGUCAACCAAAAUCACCUUCAUAAUCAUUAUCACCAUCAUCAUCAUCACCACCAACAUUCGCGAUAUUUCCAUCAGGAACAGCAGCCGUAUAUUCAGCAGAACUGCAUGAAGCGCUUCCCGUUCAACCCGGGAUUUAACAACCACAAUAAUCAUCAUCAUCAUCAUCAUCACCACCCGGGACGGAGGAAAAAUGAAAAUAAAGCGAGCACAUACGGGAUAAAUUAUCUUCUCUCCAACUGGACUAACGGCAAUCAUGUCAGUCCCGUUACACUGUGGAAAACCAGGACGUACCGCCCAGGAGUUAACGGGCUUCAUGAGGAGAUUAUAGACUUCUACAACUUCAUGUCCCCUCGACCCGAAGAGGCCACCAUGAGGCAAGAGGUAGUCGAUCGGAUCGAGUCCGUCAUCAAGGAGCUAUGGCCAAGUGCUGACGUUCAGAUAUUUGGCAGCUUUAGCACUGGACUCUACCUCCCAACCAGUGACAUUGACUUGGUGGUGUUUGGGAAGUGGGACAGACCCCCCCUGCAGCAGUUGGAGCAGGCCCUCCGGAAGAAUAACGUGGCCGAGCCAUUCUCUAUCAAAGUACUUGACAAAGCUACGGUACCAAUUAUUAAAUUGACCGAUCAGGAAACCGAGGUCAAAGUGGACAUCAGUUUUAACGUGGAGACCGGAGUCAAAGCUGCUCGCUUCAUCAAGGAUUACGUGAAGAAGUAUACCGUGCUGCCUUACUUGAUCUUCGUGCUGAAGCAGUUCCUCCUGCAGAGGGAUCUGAACGAGGUGUUUACUGGAGGCAUCAGCUCCUACAGCCUCAUCCUGAUGGUCAUCAGCUUCCUGCAGCUCCACCCCCGAAUCGACGCCAGCACUCCCAACAUGAACCUCGGCGUUCUGCUCAUCGAGUUCUUUGAGCUGUACGGCCGCCAUUUUAACUACCUGAAAACAGGCAUCAGGAUAAAGAACGGCGGCGCCUACAUGGCCAAAGAGGACAUCAUGAAAGUCAUGAACAACGGCUACAGGCCGUCCAUGCUCUGCAUCGAGGACCCUCUUCUUCCAGGUAAUGACGUGGGCAGGAGCUCGUACGGAGCCAUGCAGGUGAAACACGUGUUUGAUUACGCCUACAUCGUCCUCAGCCAUGCAGUGUCCCCUCUCGCAAACUCCUACCCCAACAAGGAUAGCGACAGCACUCUGGGACGCAUCAUUAAAGUCACCCAGGAAGUGAUCGACUACAGGGAGUGGAUCGUUAACAAGUGGGGCAGCAAGCAACCCGAGCGGAACAGCGGUCCUGCUAGUAAAGACUCGGUGGAGCAGGUGGACUCGAGCACUCUGCUCAGUGUUGGAGUGGACGAGCAGCAGCAGCUCCAGAGGGACUCUGUGUCUCCUAACAGCGCUGACUCUCCCAUGUCUCUGUCCAGCCCUCAGCAGCACUCGUCUGCUUCCUCUCUGUCAGGCAGCGACAUCGACUCGGACUGCACGCCAUGCGCUGCUCCAGCAGUGCCCUCCUACCCUCUGCAGACACUGUCACUGGGCACACUGCCCGCUGAGCUGCAGAUGGGCACGGGCAAGACCAACCUCACCAUGCCACUCACAAUGCCCGCUGCCAACCAGACGAGAGUCUCAAUGCCCGGGAGUCUUCCUCGCCACGUUUUACCUGGCAGACAGCCUGCUGGUCCCAAGGGCUUCCACAACCCGGCUUUACCACACGGCCACAUGCAGUACAACCGCAACACGUGGCGCCAUAAGAAGAGGGACAGUCUACCAGCCAGCGUCAGUAGAUAAACACAGCGUACUCCUCCUCCCUACCACCACCACCACCUCCUACACCUCUCUCUCUCUCUCUCUCUCCCUCCUGCUCCUCUUCCUCCUCCUCCUCCUCCUGUCAUAAAACGAUGAUAACUCGACGAGGCCUCCUGCUGGUGGGGCGCGAGCCGAGAGACCAGCAGUUUCUGCCGCAGCUCCUCGCUCAGUAGCUGCGCUAAUGGUGGUGCUACGUUUACUCUCCCACUCCAUCCGUGCACGUGUGUGAAUCUCCAAUACUCGACCCACGACCCCUCUGAGGCCGCCUCAGACCCGUCUGACGAUCUACACCAUGACUUCUUCUCACAAGGGAAAUGGUUUUGUUGUUGUUGCUUUUCCUGUGCGUGACUUCCCUUUUCACUUGAGGGGUUUUCUUAUUAUUUUUUUGUUUGUUUUCCUAACGGGACACCAUACACCGUCACUAGAUCCAGCAGCUUAUCACUAUCAUAAUAAGAACAGUUUGUGUAAUUUUUUUUUUCCCCACCGUGGUUGUAUGUGUGUGUGUGCGUGUGCAAGCAAUCACAAGUGUUUGAGCGGAUGACACAGAGUGGGUUAUUUGUGCAAUAACUUCUUAUUUUCUCUUUUGUUCACUUGAGAUGAGAAAACUAUUAUUUAAUUAUGCAUCCUGACAUUUUCUCUUUAUCUUGGUUUUAUUUUUUUUAUAUAUAUAGUUUUUAAUUUCAGUAUUUCACACUCGCUCAUAUUUCGAUACAAAACGAUCAAUCUCUAAACGUUAAGCUUUAUUUGAGUAAUUUAGGACGCCCCGGUCCUGACCACUGAGUGGGACGGGGCAGUGCACUCAGAUGAGCCGUGUGAGUGUGAGAGAGAGAGAGAGAGAGAGAGAGAGAGCGCUUGGUGAAAAAUUCUUUUAACAGUCUGUCUGCAGGUGGCACCAUUUCCUCAUUUGUCAACAGAUUUUCUCAGCACUCUUUUGACGUGUGUGUGUGUGUUGGUGAGAGUGAAUGGUUCUGUAUCUUCGAACAUGGGUCUGUCUUAGCUGUAGCUCAGCUUACAUUAGAGCUAUGCUGCAUGACAGCCAAAGAAGCCUAUUUUCCAGCACUCGGACCUCUAUAUUAGGCCGUGUGUGUGUGUGUGUGUGUGUGUGUGUGUUUCCCUUUUAGAUUGCUCUAAGUGUCAGUAAAUAUGGGAGCCUGAGAACUGAUCAUUCAGCUGAGAGACCCGUGUCGGCACCCAAAUAAACGGAAAGGGACACGAAAGGGAACUUUACUCUGAUUCCUUUCUGGAAUCUUUAUGUGUAUUUCCAGGUACUUGUACUAUUUUAUUGCCUUGUCAGGUUGCGCUUUUGUUUGUUAUUGUUGUUGUUUUUGUUUUGUUUUCUUCCUGUACUGUAUAAUAUAUUUCCUGUCUGUAUAUAGCACACUAAACUGUAUUGCUGUUACUUUGGAGUGUUACAGGCAUACAGGUUAUUGUAACUAUGCAAAUGGAGUUCCGAAUCCUUCUUCUUCGUUUGACAACCAAAUCUCCAAGCCAGAGAGGAAAGACGAGACAGAAUCCCAGGCCACUUCAGUUGAUCAGACUAGUCCAGGUACAUGGGAGUAGUGUUCAUGUGUGUGUGAGGAAUAUAGUUUAAAAAAUGGGGGAAAAUGUCUGAUUGCUGCUGGCAUAAAAUGUUUCAGCAGCAGUUGGAGUCUUUCCCAUGUGUGUCUCUCUCUCUGUCUGUCUCUUUCUCUCUGUCUCUCUAUCUUUCUGUCUCUGUCUCUCUGUCUCUCUAUCUUUGUCUGUCUCUCUCUCUGUCUCUCUAUCUUUCUGUCUGUCUCUCUCUCUGUCUCUCUAUCUUUCUGUCUCUCUCUUUCUCCCCUCCUUUCUGUCUCUCUCUUUCUGUCUCUCUCUUUCUCUCUGUCUCUCUCUCUCUCUAUCUUUCUGUCUGUCCCUCUCUCUGUCUCUUUUUUUUCUUUCUCUCUUUCUUUGUCUCCAUCUCUUUCUCUGUCUCUCUCUCUCUCUUUCUGUCUUUCUCUCUGUCUCCCUUUCUCUCUCUCUCUCUCUCUUUUUAAAAUAAAGAUCAUAUUAGUGCAGCGAGGAAACGACAGAAAGCCACUGAUUGGGGUCUGUUAAUUUUGCGGUGAGGUCAUAGCCGUCACAGAGACAUUACACACACCCUGGACUGGAAGAGGGAACUCCUUGGUGUAAUAAGGGGCAGGACAGGGCAGGAUCUGCUUUAAGGUAGAACCAGCAUCUUUGGGGUGAAAAAAACCCCUCUGAUCAUAAUUGAGUGUGUAUUAUUAUUAUUAUUAUUAUUAUUAUUAAUAGGUGAAUAUGCAGACUUUAUGAAGAAACAUGGCUUGUGUGUGUGUGUGUGUGUGUGUGUGUGUGUUUAUCUCUAUGGCUUGAACCUUGAUCAACAAAGACUUCCACUACAGUACUGAGUGCAAAUCUCCCUAAUAGAUGUGAGCAAAUUUUAAACGAUUCUCUGUAUGGCCAAAAGCACCCCUGAACUUCUAGAGAAAGCCCUAAAAGAGGUGCGUCCAGCAUCCAUGAGGUCAAUUAAAGUUUUUUCUUCCUUUCUUUCUUUUUUUUGUUGUUUUUUUUGCUCUUUCACCGUAAUAUUUUUAUGUACUUUAUUUUCUAUUUUAUUUUUUAAAUAAAACUUUUAAAACCA